AUGACGUCACCCGCUGGCCUUAAUUGCAUAAAGGCGCGGCUUGUAAACCACGCGGGCUUUUCUCUUCUGUCUUCUGGCGUUGCUCCUCCUGCAGCUAAGAAGAAGAAACCAAAACUCUUGAACAAGUUUGAUAAAACCAUUAAAGCUGAACUUGAUGCUGCUGAAAAGCUGCGUAAAAAGGGAAAAGUUGAAGAAGCACUGAAGGCAUUUGAAGCCUUAGUGAACAAGUAUCCACAAAGUCCACGAGGAAGAUAUGGCAAAGCACAGUCUGAGGAUGACUUGGCUGAGAAGAUGAGAAGCAACGAAAUACUGCAAAAAGCCAUCAGUACCUAUGAGGAAGUGGCCAGCCUGUCAAAUGCCCCAACUGAUCUGAUAAAACUGAGUUUGAAACGACAAGCAGACAGGCAGCAAUUUCUUGGUCGCAUGAGAGGAUCUCUCGUUACUCUGCAAAAAUUAGUUGAUCUGUUUCCCAAUGAUACUUCAUUAAAGAAUGACCUUGGAGUAGGUUACCUCUUGAUAGGGGAUAACAGCAAUGCGAAGAAAGUUUAUGAGGAGGUUCUGAUUCUGGCUCCAGAUGACGGCUUUGCUAAAGUACAUUAUGGAUUCAUCCUCAAGGCAGAAAACAAAAUAGCUGAGAGCAUUCCAUAUUUGAAGGGUGGGGUGGAAUCUGGUGACCCUGGCACGGAUGAUGGACGCUUUUAUUUUCAUUUGGGUGAUGCCUUACAGAGAGUUGGAAACAAAGAGGCAUACAAAUGGUAUGAGCUUGGAUACCAGAGAGGUCACUUUGCAUCUGUUUGGCAGCGCUCCCUCUACAAUGUGAAGGGACUGAAAGCUCAGCCUUGGUGGACAGCAAAGGAAACUGGUUAUGCUGAACUGGUGAAAUCCCUAGAAAGAAACUGGAAGCUUAUUCGUGAUGAAGGACUUGCUGUGAUGGAUAAAAGAAAGAGCCUCUUCUUGCCUGAAGAUGAGAACCUACGGGAGAAGGGAGAUUGGAGCCAGUUCACCCUGUGGCAGCAAGGAAGAAAAAAUGAAAAUGCUUGUAAAGGCGUUCCUAAAACUUGUGCUUUAUUGGAAAAAUACCCAGAGUCUACGGGCUGCAGAAGAGGACAGAUCAAGUAUUCCAUCAUGCACCCAGGGACUCAUGUCUGGCCUCAUACGGGACCUACUAACUGUAGGUUGAGGAUGCACUUGGGCUUGGUAAUACCAAAAGAAGGCUGCAAAAUUCGAUGUGCUCAGGAAAACAGAACCUGGGAAGAAGGGAAGGUUCUCAUCUUUGAUGACUCUUUUGAACAUGAAGUGUGGCAGGAUGCAGAAGAUUAUCGGCUGAUAUUCAUUGUGGACGUAUGGCACCCUGAGUUAACACCACAACAGAGACGUAGCCUUCCUGCCAUUUAAGCAGUGAUUUCUCAUGCAAAAACUACAUCAAUUUUAACCUUUUAGAGUAUAUACAGCGUUAAUUUGCCUGGUACUAAGGCAAAUGUCAGCCUUCUAAUAGUUGAAAGAUAAGAAGCAAUUGCUUCACAAUCAUUGUGGACUCAGCUUUAAAAAAUUCCUAUUUCUAUUUCAUACUGAUGCAGCACUGAUCUGAUCUUUUUGCUUUUAGGCUGCAGGUACAGAAAUACUGAUUCUUGUUAGCCAAAAAGAUUUAGUUCUAGAUUUUCAAAAUGAAGAAUAUGCAGGCACAUGUUCCAUGCCAAAAUUAUGUGUACAGAAACUAUUGCAUGUUCAUGUAUAUGCAGCCAGGCACCUCAUUUGCCAUGUUUAUGCACAAGUAUCUGGACUAUAUGUUUUUUACCUGAUAAUUAGGUGCAUAAAUAUGUGCAACUAACCUUGAAAAUCUAUCGUACAGUUUUGAAUAGUAUAUGUUUAAGGUAUAAAGCAACUAGACACAUCUAAAGUUGAUACUAUAUGCAGGUAAUGUGAAUCAAUAGGUUUGUUUUGUAUUUUUCUACAUGAGUAAUUGUAUUUUUCUAG